ACCUUGGUCCUUUGACAAAUGCCGCUCCGUGAAGUCGAAUUUCCUUCCGAUCCUAAAGAUCUUGAAGACGCAAAAGAACAAUUCUUGAUUUUCUACUCCUCGCGCGUGAACGGGCAGCUAUGGUGUCCUGAUUGUGUAACAGUAGAUCGGACCAUCCAAGAUACCUUUGGUCCUGAAGAUGGGCCAUCUGCGGUGAUCGUCUACGUUGGCCAAAAGCCCGAAUGGAAAACACCCUCCAAUAUUUUCAGAGGGGAGCCUUGGCAAGUCACCUCAGUCCCCACGGUUAUUAAGGUUGAAGAUUCCAAGGUAGCGGGUCGACUCGACUCCGAUAUCAACACACUUCUUGCGGCUUUCAUCAAAGGAUAGAGUGGUUAGGCUUGACACUUUCGAGUAGCAACGAUUGGCCUUUUGGAUUCCAUGUUGAGGCGUUGUGUAAUAGAAACAACUAAAGGUCAAACUUUUGAAUAAACCCUCCUCCUUGCUAAACUCAUACUCAUACGCAACAUGCACAAAAUCUCCCUGAUAUGCUACAUUUGAUCACAACUGGCAUUGACGACCCCUCGGCCC